UUAAUAAUGAGAGCUGGAUUACUAAAAAACUAUGGACCAACUUAAAUAUUUCCAGAAGAGAAAUAAUAAAGAGUUUGUUCACUGUAUGAAAUAACAAAUCAUUAUUUGAAAGCAUAGGUUAGUAAGAAUGAUCAGAAAUCAAAAUCUGUAAAUACUUUUGGAGUAGAAUGUAAUUUAGAAUAAUAUAAUAUAUUUAGAGAGAGACUUUUAUGAUUAAUUAAGAUUGAAAGGAAAAGAAAAGAGAAUGUAUUGAUUAGUAAAUAUGAAUGUAGUUAAAAUUAAAAUUAGCAUAAACCUAUUUUUAAGUUAAAGGGUGAUAAUAUUGUAGUAAUAAAAUCAAAAGAUAGAGAAUUAUAUCCAGCAGAUAUUCAAUGGAAUAAUUGUUAAAUAGGUAGGAUAUAAGGAGAGAUAAGUGGAAAGAUUGAUAAGAAUUAUGCAAAGGUAAAAUAUAGUAGAAUAUAAGAUAAGAAGAUAUUUAGAAGGUUCAUCGAGUGUGAUAGAUUAUUCAGAGAGUAAAAUGUAUGACAAAUUUAAUUCAUAUUCGAAUAUAACAACUUAAGAGAGAUUUUCAAAAGAUUGUGACAUAUAGUUCAGAACAAGUAAUAAUGCUCAACCUGGAAGGUAAUAAUCAACUGGAGGUAUAGUAAGGAGUAAAUAUGAACCUGAUUGGAUACAAAGAGGAAAAUAGUGAAAAUUUGAUAAUUUAAA